ACCCCCUCCUCCAACCCCCCCCUCCCCAAAUGGCUCGCCGUCUCCCCGCCCACCCAUGCCCAUACCCAUGCCCAUGCCCCUCGCUUGGUGGUGCUGCCAGCUCGGCCCAGCUGCCGCCUGUGAAACCGCGACGGCUUAGCCAUCGCCAAUAUCACCAUCGCCGGGUUUCACAUCUUCAGAUGAGAGCCCUCUCUGAGGCUUGAGGCUACCGCCUGCUCUUUACUCGCCCCCAUCGCCCUCUCCCGCUUUGACUCUCCCAUCCUCGGCGUGGCAUCUAUCGUUGGACCCUCGGCACCUUCUGCCCGUAGCCCAUAUAGGUACGGUGCAUACCGCUGCCGCAUGAACAUCCCCCAUCCUGCUUGUUCGCAACCUCUUGCCGCCCCGAGCCGCAAUCGCCUGCCAGCUGCUCAACAUGGUCAACACGGGGAAGCCUUCGGGAGGCUGCAAGCUGUGUCGCGCCCGCAGGAUCAAGUGCGAUGAGACCAAGCCCUUCUGCUUGAAGUGCCAGAAAUCAAAACGCCAGUGCCCCGGCUAUAGAGACCCCUUCGACGGCAAGAUCCGCGAUGAGACCCAGUCCACCAUCCGCAAGUUCAAGCGGACCCGCAUCGUAAUCGAAAAGGAACAGGUCUUGGAGGACCAGGCCCUGCUCGAGCUCGAGCAGAUCAAGUACCAUGACGACGAGCACAUCGAGGCCCGCCCUGCCGAGUGGAAAUGCGGCUACUUUGAAAACAGGAGGGGCAGCGACUCGGGCAACUCGUCAACCUCCAUCACCUCCACCGCGUCGAGCAGUUCCUGGGGGGCGGUGCACGACGAUUAUUUCGCCUCGCUCGUCACCCCCGUCGAGCAGCAGGCCACCUGCUACCUGCUCUCCGACUACGUGCUCGUCUCCGAGAUGCCUGGAGGGCGGAGGGGAUAUUACAAGUUCGCCUACAAGAUCCUAGCCAGAGGCGACACUUCAAGGUGUCUCUUGUCUGCCUUCAAAGCAGUCUCCUUCGUCGCCUUGGCCUCCCGUCCAAACUCCCACCACCUCAUGAUCGAGGCCGAGUCUCACUACUCCAAGGCCCUGAGGGAGGUCAACAGGGCGAUCCAGGACCCGGCCCAGGUCAAGAGCGACCAGACCCUCGCCGCCGUCUUGCUCCUGGCCUUCUACGAGACGCUGGCAUCCACGCGUGAGAGGCUCGAUGAGUAUGUCAACCACAUCAAGGGGGCCGCCCAGCUCGUCAAGAUGCGGGGGCCAAGGCAGCAGGAGACCGACGAGGGCGCCGAGAUGUUCGCAAUGACACGCAACCAGUUCCUCGCCAUCCGCAGCAUGUCGCCCGCAGUCGAGAAUGAUGACUACACAUGGCUGCUGCGCUCACACUGCGGCGAGCCAUAUGUCAGCCGGGUUGCGACCCUCACCAUCGCGUGCAGCGAGAUCCGCAUGAAGACCGACCGGCUCCUUUCCGGCGGGGACCGAGACCCGCGAAUGAUUCAAGGCGUCCUGGAGCUGUUGCGGACCGCGCAGGCCAUGCAAAAGAAGCUGUCGGGUCUGGACCAAUCUCAAAGUGCAGUGUGGUCUGUGAGCACCGUCAUACGAGACUCCCUCGGCCCGCGCGACGGGGCUGAUGACCCACCUGGGGAGGUUUACACUUUCCACAACCUCUAUACUGCCAUGAUUUAUACCAUCAUUUGGUCCUCGCACAUCCUUCUCACCACAUGCAUAUUCCGCUGCAUGGCCUGGCUAGUGGCUCCCGACGACUGGCGGGUAGGCGACGACUACGAGGCCACCGUGAAAGCCACCAAGCAACGCAUCGCAGACAUCGUCGCGGCCACCCCUUACUGCUGCUCUUGGAACGGGUGCGACACCGAGUAUUCCGACUUUCCCGUUGGCUUGUCCACCCCGACCUCGCCCGCAAAGGGCGUCGCAGGCUUGGUCAUCUACAGGCCUGCCUUCGUGGCCAUGGUCUCGGAUUAUGCCACCCCAGAGCAGAAGGAGUAUCUCUACGGCCGCAUGAAGUUUCUGGCUGACAUUGUUGGGAUUAAGCAGGCCAAUAUCUUGCUGAAGGCACGCGACAAGUCAGCGACUCCCUCGCGCGACAUUGAGCGAGACAUGGCGCGGACAUGAAUUCAAGCGUUGGGAGCGCAGGCUGACCAGUACAACUGCUUCUUGUUAUUUUUAAUUUCCUUGUUCCUUUUUCCCCCUUCUCUUUUGAGCAUACAGCCUGGGCGAGGCGUUCCUGAGGGCUUCAAGCUGGUAGAAUUUGCUUCUGGGGCUCAUUAGGCCCCCUCAACGUUGCAUCAUAGGGGUUCAAGGUGUUUCUGUCACGGUAUGAGCGAGUCUAGCUGUUACUUCCGCCGACGUCCGUUGAACACAGUUUUCCGGAGCCAACCAGGAGGCAUCUUUCACGAAAGUCUCAAUAUAGUUAUAACCAUGCCGA